AUGGCGAGGCCUCCGGAAGCCAUUCCAGGUCUCCCCGGCACCCGCCUAGCUGGGCUGUUUAAAACGGUGCAAAGCCUCCCCAAAACCGAGAAGCAGGACGGCUACUCGAGGGACAAACCCCUUGUGAAUGUUGGCGUCUUGCUCUCUCCUUUUAUGUCCUUUAGGCUUUUUGACAGCAAUAAUAAUAUCUUCGUAUCGUUCGUCGUUCUGAAUACUAUUAAUAGCAGCAAAACCUACCAGCCGCAGCCGCCUGCAGGGGCCGAUGAGUUUGUACAGGUAUUUCCCCAACGGCUAGAAGCAUACAUACAUAAUACAUAGUACAUACAUAAAAACCGUGCGUGGAAAACGGUCGCCCUGCAUCAACCCAAUAUUAAUGUCCACU